CUUGUUGACAUUUGUGUAAUGAUGGAAAAGAGAGAUUAAAAGUAAAAGUUGAAUUUUAAACAACGAAGAUUCAAAGCUGAAUAAUCUUGAGCUUUAUAACGCGAGAUUAAUGCGGAGGCGGGUAAUGCAAUCAGAAGAUAAGCUAAAGAAGCAAUCAAAGUUAGUUAUAGAUAAUUCUGAUGAGGAAGAGAUCUGUAAAAAAGUGAAAUUAGAAGAUCCAUCUUAUUCUGAGGAAGAAGAGGAAGUUGUGGAUGUGGAAGAGCUAGAGGAAUCAGAGGAAGAGGAAAAAGGAAAGAAAAACAAAAAACAGGAGCCCAUUGAGGAUGUAGAUUAUAUAUAUGUAGACAAAUUGCCUAAUUCUGAAGCAAUGUUAAGAGAUUUAAAAAAACAAGUAGAGCAAAGAAUUAAAUGUUACAAAAUGAAAUACAUUCAAGAAUAUCAGGAGAAUCAUACAAAAUAGAGUUUCGUUCACAAUGAUGCAAUUCCAAUAUGUACUGAUGUUAGACUAAUGGAUUUUUAAAAAUUAAGAGAUGAAUAAUUGAAAAUAGCAGGGCAAUUGUUCGAUGUAAUAAUGAUGGAUCCACCUUGGCAAUUGUCAAGUUCACAACCAUCAAGAGGAGUUGCAAUUGCUUAUUCUUCAUUGGCUGAUGAAAAUAUUAGUAAAAUGCCAAUAGAAACAUUGUAAGAGAACGGUAUAAUCUUAAUAUGGACUAUUAACGCUAAAUAUAAGGUGACAUGUAAGUUAAUUGAAUAAUGGGGCUACAAAUUAAUUGAUGAAAUUAUCUGGUGUAAGAAGACUGUUAAUGGCAAAAUUGCUAAAGGACACGGAUUUUACUUAUAACAUGCCAAAGAGAACUGUUUAGUUGGUGUAAAGGGUAACAUAAAUUUGGAUCCCAACAGAUUUAGAAAAGGUGUUGCCAGUGACAUUAUCUUUAGUGAAAGGAGAGGUUAAAGUUAGAAGCCAGAAGAAAUAUAUUAGUAUGUUGAAUAACUAGUUCCAAAUGGAUAUUAUUUAGAGAUAUUUGGUAGAAGGAAUAAUGUCAGAAAGAAUUGGGUAACAAUUGGAAAUGAAUUAUGA